AUGCUAUCGACCAAAUCCUGUCCCGAUGAUCGACAGGAAGAUGCCGCCAUCAAAGCUGUCAAAGAAGCCAAGGUCAAGCGAGUGCUGCAAAUAGAGAUGGAUCUCGCUGAAGACCCAGAUGCCCUCCUUAAGAUGGACGAGCAGACUUUGGAAAAGGCUAGGGAAAACGACGAAUGGACCGGCUCGCUCAUCUUCCCAAUGGUCUGGCGCCUGUUUUUGAACAGCAAAGACAGGAAACUCUUACUGUUCGCGCGACACCUUGCAAUCAAUUUCUCGGCUGAUACGCAGAGUCGAAAGCAUGUCGCAUCCAAACGGAAUGCGAUGGAGAUAGAAUACACUUCGGAAGACGCGCAAAACAAACGCAAACAAAGAAGCGAAGAUGCUUCGGACGCUUCAGCUCGCCCCAAACCCUCGCAGCACAAUGACGAUGACCACUCACGGAAGGGGUGGGGAAAUUCACUUCUAUCCAGUGGGGGCAACGGAAAAUACAACCACCGUGAGGCCCAAAUAUCAGGCAGAUCUUUCGCGCUGCUUUGA